CUCGCACACGCACAGAACUAACCCUUACAGAAGUGACGGAUCUUUAUUUCCUGUGUUUCAUGUCCUCAACUUUCUGACAACAAGCUGAGAAGACAAGAGGAGUCAGAGGAGCUGCUGCACAUUUACAACAUGGCUGUGUUCGAGAACUCCUCUGUGCUCUUGGACAUGAAGAAUUUGUCCUACAAAGAGAAGAAGAAACUGAAGUCGGCAGUGACAGAGAACGGAGGCAACGUUUCCUUUGUGGUCAAUAAACAGUGCACUCUGAUAGUGACCAGUGACGUGUCCAACCUGAGCUCCAACAGGCUGCGGAGCAUCCAGAAGCACCAGACGCCCGUGGUCGGGGUGGAUUACGUGUACAGAUGUCUGCACAGAGGAGCUCUUCUGCCUGUGGAGGAAUUCAAACUGGAUGCCUCUCCUCCUGCUGCCUUCUCGCCUCCUCUUCCUCUCUCCUCACCGAGGCCUGCUCCAUUCUCACAUCCCGUGUCCAGAGCAGCAGUGAUCACAGCGGUUGUCGAGCUUCCUAAAGGUCAAGCGAAGCCUGUGGACUCUGUCGGGCUGACUCCGUGCGCAGAGACUCCAGAGAGGAGCGGAAAAGUCCUGGACAAGUUCAGAAUUUACACCGAAACUGAUUCGGAUCUUCCAUCGUACCCGAACGAUUUUCAAGUGGCAAAAUAUUCAAUCUUUGAAAAGAUAAACAGCAACACUCGGUGUGUGCUGGAGCUGCAGAGUUUUAAAGGAGAGAAAGGACGACAGUACUGUGUGGUCCGGUGCUGGAAGAGUGAUGUAGAAGCAAAGAAGGAGCUGGUGUUUCUGGCCACAUCUGAGGACGCUGUAGACGUGUACCGGGCGCUGAGAGAGACCUCGCAGGCUGCUGGUCUGCAGCCGAGACGCAGCAUCCCUCCACAGUCCCUGGGCCUGGCGUCCUUCCCACUGCAGCAGCUGCUGCUGGAGGAGAAACUGAACACAGGGUGUGUAUCGCGGGAGGUGGGCGUCUUUGUGGAGCUGCUGUGGACUGAAGCCCUCGGUCAACUCAGCCUCCUCCUCACCGUUCCAAUCGACAAGCUCAGCCUCAAUGACGUGAGCAGGGCGGAGGGCUUGUUGCUUCAGGCCCAGAGGAAGCUGAAGGAGAGAAAUCUUGCUGAGAUGGUGAUUCUCAUGCAAGAGUUUAACACUCUGCUGCCACACAGGGAGUCACUUCUACUGCAGGACACCAAGGUCCUCUCUCAGAAACUGGACCUCUGUCAGUUAAUUCGAGACGUCCUGAACGUGAGUGAGAUGUCUCUGAGAGGCCCCGCCCCCUCCAGUCUGGGGAAGUACCGCGCUCUGAGGUGCAGCAUUGAGACCGUUCCCCCCGGCAGCUCUGACUUUCAGGCCGUGACAUCUAUGCUGCGGGGCAGCAAACUGCAGAUUCAGCAGAUUCUGCGAGUCGGCCGAGGGGUGGAGCUUCAGACAUUUAAGAACGAGCUUGGGAACGUUCAGAUGCUUCUUCACUCAUCCAGCCCCAGCAACUUUGUAGGAAUCCUGUCUCGUGGUCUGCUGUUGCCUCAUGCUGGAGUGGAGCAUCAUGGGAUAGAGAGAACAGACGUCGGUAAUCUGGGCAGUGGAAUCUACUUCAGUGACGCCGUCAGCUCCACUUUGAAAUACUCCAGGCCCAGUGUGUCAGACGGGGCUCGGCUGCUGUUGGUGUGUGAUGUGGCGCUGGGAAGUUGCAGGGACGUGCACAAGAGAGACGUCACACUGACCAAAGCCCCCGAGGGUCACCACAGUGUGCACGGAGUCCGCUGCACCCCUAACACUCACUCUGAGUUUGAGGAUGACGAGUACGUGGUGUACAGUCCUGAUCAGGUGAAACUGAAGUACGUGGUUCAGUUCAGCAUCGAGGGAGAAGAGCUGAGGGAGUUCAGUCCAGCUGUCGACACUUCGGCUGAGCCGUGUCCGCCUCCGUCUCUCCAAGUGCUCAGUUCAGAGGACGUUGCAGUAGAGGACAUUAAAAACCCUCUGGACGAAGUGAAGGCCGGACUGUUGGACAGCUCUGGUCAGCAGCUCCCCCUGCAGGCUGUCCACGUGAAGUGCAAACUGGUGGAUCUGCUCUCUCAGGUCAUCAUUUUCCAAGAAUACACCAACAACAGCUCCGGGUCAAUCGAGGCCAAGUAUGUUUUCCCAUUGGAUGAUUCUGCAGCUGUGUGUGGAUUUGAAGCUUUUAUAAAUGGGAAACACGUCGUGGGAAAGGUGAAGGAGAAAGAGACGGCUCGUAAGGAGUACAAACAGGCUAUUGAGAAAGGCCAUGGAGCAUAUCUCAUGGAUCAGGACGCACCCGACGUGUUCACCAUCAGUGUGGGCAACCUGCCACCCGGAGCCAGUGUCCUCAUCAAAGUUACCUUUGUGUCUGAGCUGAUCGUCAGGGACGGGAGUAUUCUCUUCUCUCUGCCCGGGAGUGUGGCUCCGUGGCAGGAGAGCGCAGCACUCAACCAGACCACGCAGGUCACUGUGGAGAAAGUGUGUGUGACUGAUGAGUCAGCAAAUACAAGAGAGUUCUACCUGGACAUGUCAGUCGAGAUGCCCAAUGAAAUCAGCAGCUUGGAGUGCAUCACUCACAAAGUCAGGGUUAAGAGAACAGACUGUAAGGCAGUAGUGGGCUUGCUGCCAGGACAGGUGAUGGGUCCGGAGGGUUUCCAGUUGUCAGUCACUCUGUCCGAGGUCCACCUGCCCAGGAUGUGGGUGGAGAAACACCCUGACAAGGACAGUCAGGCGUGCAUGUUGGUUUUUUAUCCUGACUUCGAUGUCAGUUCCAUGUCAGAAUCCGAUGAAGUCUUCCUGUUGCUGGACACGUCUGAGUCCAUGAAGGGAGAGUCUCUCCGCAUGGCUCAGAGAAUCGCCCUCCAGGUCCUCAGAGCCCUCGGCAGCAACAUCAGACUCAACGUGGUUUUAUUUGGCACAGAUCACACUGAAGCGUUUCUGACAGCGCAGCCGCUCACUGAGGCCCGUCAGACAGCAGAGAGCUUCAUCAAGAACGUCUCUCCAGUGGGCGGCAGCACUGAGCUUUGGCGGCCCCUGAGGGCCCUCAGCCUGCUGCCUCCAUCCCGUGGCAUCAGGAACCUGCUGCUGCUGUCAGAUGGCCACAUCCAGAACGCAGAGUUCACCCUGAAGCUGCUCAGAGACAGCGUGCAGCACAGCCGCCUCUUCACCUGCGGCAUCAGCCCGACAGCCAAUAAGCAUAUGCUGAGAGCUCUGGCCCAGGCAGGGGGCGGAGCCUACGAGUUCUUUGACACAAAAGUCAAACACAACUGGUCAGAGAAGGUGGCACGUCAGGUGAAGCGUAUUGCAUCCCCUGGCUGCAGUUCAGUGUCUGUGAAGUGGCAGCAGUUCAACCCGACAGCGCCCACUCCUGUGCAAGCGCCCAAACAGCUCCAUGCAUUGUUCAAUGACUGUCACACCCUGGUUUACGGCUUUGUGCCGCACUGCACUCAGGCCACCCUCCACGGGAACCUCAGUGGUCAGGAGCUCCAAACCAUGGUGUCGACGAGUGAGCUGCAGAAGACGAGUGGCACAUUUCUUCACAAGCUCACAGCAAGAGCCCUCAUCAAGGAUUAUGAAGAUGGAAGCCUGGAUACAGACGAGGCUGAACAUGAGGGGAAGAAAGCGGAGUUGAAGUCCUUCAUCAUCGAUUUGAGCAAAGAGUUCUCCAUCCUGUCUCAGUUCACCAGCUUUGUGGCCAUUGAGGAGAGGGACCCUGAGAAACCGGAGGAGGGUUUCACAGACAUCCCCCAGUUGAUCGCAGAGGAGGAGGUGGACUUCCUUCCCUACAUCAGCUGGGAUAUUCCUCAGGAUAGUGAAGAUGAUGAUGAUGAUGAUGAUGAUGAUGAAGAGGGAUCACGUAGUUUAGGACUGGAAGGAGAUGUCUAUCGUACACGUUUUUUGGGUUCCAUGUGUUUGGAGGACGAUUCAUAUCUCAUUACAGGCGGUGACAGAGGCAUGGUAACGAGCUCAAUCUGUCCUGAGUUUUUCCAAAUGGAUUCCUCCAGCUCGGAGGAUUGUGUAGCAAUGAUGUCCAGGUCCCCAAUAGAGGAGGUGGAUCCUUUCUGGGAAGAUUGUGUGGAACAUACUCCUCUUACCUCUUUUCCUCCUCCUCCUCCUCCUCCUCCUCCAUCUUUUGGGAGGUUUUCUUCAUUUGCCCAAACCCCAAUUCAAGCCUCUCCGAACUCUGGGUCUCUACCAUCUCCAUUUGUCCAAAGCCAUAGUAUAGCCUCUGCGAUGCCUCCGCCUCCACCUCCACCUUUUGUGGGGUUUUCUUCAUUUGCCCAAACCUCAAUUCAAGCCUCUCCGAUCCCUGGGUCUCUACCAUCUCCAUUUGUCCAAAGCCAUAGUAUAGCCUCUGCGAUGCCACCUUUUAUUGCUGAUGAGAUCUCCCAAACUUCUUUUACUCAGAGCCCCGUUGGUUCUCUAAGGAUGGGUAGAAGACGGUUGUGUAGACAAGUUGACAGGGACAAUAGUUCUAUGUAUCGUGAUAUAUCUUUGAGUAAAAUGUCCAAGCCCUCCGGCAGCAUUUCUCCUCCCCUUGGUGCAUCCGGCUGGAGUGGCGUAAGGGUUGAAUUGGCCGAGUCUUCUGAAGAACCAGAACUGCCUCCGAAAAAGAAAGGAUUGCCAUCUUUCAUGCAGCGGAAGGCCAAGGAUAACAGCAUAGCCCGCCCUGCCAUCCAGUGCGAUUCUGGUUGGAUGGAUAACCUGUUUCAAGCUCAACCCUCAAUGAAGUUAUUGGUCCAGAGGGAACCUGUACCACGUAGUUUACCUGAAAGAAGGAUGUUUUGUUCAUUAUCCCAUUCAGCUGGAGCUACUGUACGUAGAAGAAACAGGAUGUCAGCUUCCUACAGUUCCAGUGGAAUGUCGACAGAUCCUGAUCAAAUGAUGCUCAGAUGGGAUAAGAUCUUCCAGAUGCAACAUUCGGAGGGCUACUGGGAGUUGACCACAGAACUGGGUGAAUACGUAAAUGUAGACGUCGACUCCUUUGUCAACGUGUUCCUGAAAAACAAAGGCAUCUGCUCUCUGGGUGUGAGGGCCAACGCAGAUAUCCUGAGGCUGGUGGCAACUCUUCUGGUUCUGCAGACGAUGAGGGAGGAGAAACUGGAGGAAGGCAAACUGCUCCGCACCCUCUUCUGUCUGGGUGACGCUGCUCAGCCCAGGCCACAGCGUUGGGACGAGGUGAAGAAGGCAGUGGAGUGGGUCCGCUGGGCUGACAAACAGUACCCAUGCAUCUACAGCCGGCUGGAGUUUGGUUGGAGCUGGGAGUCGUCCACCCGUCAGCUGCUGGGCUACGAAGGGCUGCCCACCUUCUCACCACUCAAAGGUUUUGUCCAGCCGGGAUCGGUGGGCGGUGUCAGGAAGCUGGUUCAUUACUGAUGAGUUCUGUGUAUUUCACAGAGACACCCACCUCCUCCACUCACCAGAUAUUGGAGUUUUACCGGGUGGGAAAUCGUAAAGGGCUGUAAAACAAAACCCAGACUUUUCUUUCUCAAACUGAAACUUUAUACUCGCAUUAGUGUGCUCCUCCAGUAAGUUCCGUAAGGUGUGGCUCAUCAAAAUGACUUAAUUUACUUUCAAUAUAAGAUUUUGUUAUUUUUUGUCAUUAUUAUUGACAGUCAGACUAAAAAUGGGCAAAAUAACCUAAAGGCAUUCUCUGUGCUUUGGCUUUUGAAAAUGUAAAAUAUAAACAUCACAAUCUUUUCUAUCUGUUCUAACUUUUUUCUCACCUUCACUUCAGUAAUGACUUUACAUCCAUUCACAUCAGUAUCCACACACACUGUGUGCUGCUAUGAAUACUACUGUAGUGGGAUUUUAAGUUUGGAUUUGUCUGUUUUCCAUAUGCAGAAAUACAUAAUGUCGGAUCCCAGAAUUUUUCUUUUCAGUUCUACAAUCUGUUCCAUUUGCUUGAAAUAUCCAUGAUUUGCAAAACGUAAAUUUGAGGCUGUCUGAAAAUUCGAUGUUCUCUCACUUCACCAAGUUCUCUCCUCAGCUAAAUAAAGUUGUGUAAACUCUCAGUA